AUGAGCGUGGAUCAUUGUUUACCGAAUGGUUUUGUUUAUGUUUGCUGAAAUUUGUCGCAUUUUUCUAGCGUUGUUUCGGGGAGGACGCCGGAUUAAUCGGAUAGUUAUAUACAAAUUGACUUGAGUUUUACAAUCAGUUUAAGUGGCAUACGUACGACUGGAAGUAGAAUUAACAACAGAAGUCUUCCUCGGGUUCUAGGAAAGCUACACUUGCUUUAGUGAUGGAUCGGCAACGAAAGAAGCGUGUUGCUGCCGCGAAGCAAACAACGGAGAACGUGCGCGACCACCAGGAAGAGAUGGAAUACGACAGCGAGGAUACGAUGAUUGAGUUUAUCAAGGUGGAAUGCGGCACGAACCAAGAUGGUGAUCCGUUCAUCAGCAACGUUGAAAUAGAUGAUAACGAGCUAUUUCAGGACGGCAUGUUUGAGGAGGUGAGUGUGCGUAAAAAACCUCACACGAAGCAAACACCGAACAUUGAGGAUAAAACAGGACGCAACCGAGCAACAUUAAGAGAAAAGGUGCCAUUUAAAUCCACAACACCGUCAACGGCAACAAACUGCACGGAAGCACCGGCCGCAAAUGAAUCGCUCAUAAGCUUAUUCUCCAAGACCGAUCAAAGGCUGCUGGGCAUAGAGACCAGUCUGUUGGAAAUAAAUAGCAAGCUGGAUAAGAUUGGCGAUCAGUUCCAGUCGAUAUUGAACAACGCCGACUCGACCGAGCAAAAGAAGCCCAUGUACGUUGACAUCGAUUUCGAAAAGAUCGACAGCUUAGAGCAGCUGGAAACGUUUAACGACGAGCUGGCCAAGCCGGAAUACGAGGAGAAGAUAAGACAGUGGCUCGAGAGCAACAUAAUUGAUAUGAUGUGUGAUAACCGAAUGUCGGAUGCGAUAGAUAUGCUGUUUACGAGACGAUUUCUCACCUGUUGCAGCUGGACAGGGAUCGGUAAGGGUGCGCAGAAGAUCGCCAUGAUGCAGAUGACAAAUGUGACGAAAUUGUUCCAGCGCAUUGGCACUACCUCGCUGACUGUGGUUAAUAAUAAGCGUGUGGCAAUCUUCUUUAUGAAAAAGCUAAAGAAUGCAACCAAGAGAGCACAGGUAAAGGGCGUACGGCAGAGCACCUGUCGAGCGAUGGCAUCUGCCUCUUUGGAGUGUUAGUGAGGACCGGGAUGGACGUAUUACUUUGAACAACGCCGAGUUGGGUUUUUUUACUUAAAACAGACUAAUUAAAAAGAAUUUGAAUUAAGACAUGUUAAAUGUAAUAAUGCUACGAAUAAAUCGUGUGAAUUUAU